AUGAUGAAUUAUUUGAUCGAACCAAAUAUUAGUACAAUUAUUGAAAAUAAUGAAAAAAUAAUAAAUGAAACUAUUCAACAAAUUUAUCAAUUAUUUGAACAAUUACGACAAUCAUUAAUAAAUUUUGGUAAUAAUAAUAAAAUAUUGUCACCUGAACACGUCUUAAAUGAUCUCAAUCAGAUUUUUUGUCGAUUAGUCAAUCGAAAAUUUUAUAAUCCUUUAGAUGUUGUUAAUAUGUUUGAAAUCAUAUUAAAAAAUUAUCUUGAUCUAAUUGAUACUAAUCAAUUUAUUGAUAUUAUUGCUCAUCGUUAUGCAUGUAAAAAUAAUAUUGUAUUUAGUUCAUUUUUUGAAUCAUUAACACAAGAGGAUACAUUAGAUGCAAUUCGUAAAAUGUCAUU